UUUUUUGUAGCAGGUUGUUUUAUGUUUCUUGCCUCAAAAAAUAAUAGGCAAUAGCCUUUUAAAAAAUAAAUCAGCCGUGUAAGAUUCAAGAAGUGUGAAUUGCUCAUCAACGUUCUCAAGCAAAUGGUGUGAUCCUUGGGGCUGUCCUUGUGCACAGCUAAGAGUUAGACUCGAAACGGGUUCCUUCCAACUCAGAAUACUCUGUGAUUCUGUGAAUUGUAGCACUUGGCCAGCGUACACACACCGCUCCGUGCAUCAGCCAAAGGCUGCUCACACGCAGCCCUCGUCUGCACCUUUGUGGCGGUACCGAAGCCUCUCGGGCGCGCUUUCCCCGAACGUGGCGCUGCUGUAUCGCAACCAAGCGACGGCCGCCCGCCUGCUGCAAAAGGCGCUGCAGUAAAGCGCCGCGGCACCGCCAUCUCCCAAUGCCGCUGGAUGCCGAGCCGCUGGGCCGCGCUCCGCACACAGCCCCUUCCGAGCGACUCCCGUGCAUGGAUGCGCACCCGCCCCACAGACAAAAUCUGAAAUGGUCCGAAACACUACUGUGCUCCUUCGGAGACUCAUGCUUGCUGAUGAUGAGAAGUAAAAACUUAAUCUUAAUAAAGCAUAUAUUUUGUAGAAAUUGGAAAUAUCUUGGUCACUACUAGUGAAUGGACUCAGUAUUGCUGAAAGCACAAAUACAGAGUUUUGAAAUAAUUUCUUCAUUGACACCAACUAACAGUUUGAGGAGUAGAUCUACUAGCAAAAAUGGGUCGAUCUAAUUCUAGAUCACAUUCAUCAAGAUCGAAGUCCAGAUCUCAGUCCAGCUCUAGGUCAAGAUCCAGAUCACAUUCAAGAAAAAAGAGAUACAGUUCCAGGUCUCGGUCAAGGACAUAUUCCCGAUCUCGGAGCAGAGAUCGUGUUUAUUCUAGAGAUUAUCGCAGAGAUUACAGAAAUAAUAGAGGAAUGAGACGUCCCUAUGGUUACAGAGGAAGAGGUAGAGGGUAUUAUCAAGGAGGAGGUGGUAGAUACCAUCGUGGAGGUUACAGGCCUGUCUGGAACCGAAGACACUCCAGAAGCCCUAGGCGUGGCCGCUCCCGUUCCAGAAGUCCAAAACGAAGGUCGGUGUCUUCCCAGAGGUCCCGGAGCAGGUCUCGUCGAUCUUACAGAUCUUCCAGGUCUCCGAGGUCCUCUUCAUCUCGUUCUUCAUCCCCAUACAGCAAAUCACCUGUCUCUUCCAAAAGACGUGCAUCUCUGGAAAAGCAGGCAAAGAAAACUGAAGGGGCUCCUUUGCAAGACAGUCCCUUGAAAAAUAAAUCACAAGAUGAACAGAAAGAUACAUUUGAACACGACCCAUCAGAGUCUCUUGACGAUUUUAACAAAUCAUCAGCAGCUUCUGGCGACAUUUGGCCUGGCCUUUCCGCGUAUGAUAACAGCCCAAGGUCACCCCAUAGUCCUUCUAUUGCCACCCCACCUAGUCAGAGUUCAUCUUGCUCUGAUGCCCCUCUGCUUAGCACAGCCCACUCAGCGAAGGACACACCUCAGCAUUCCCAUUCCAUUCAGCAUAGUCCUGAGAGAUCUGGCUCUGGUUCUCUUGGAAAUGGUUCUAGCCGCUAUAGUCCUUCUCAGAAUAGCCCAUUGCAUCACAUCCCUUCGAGGAGAAGCCCUGCAAAGACAAUCCCAUCACAGAGUGCCCCCCGUGAGGAGGUUCGAGUGCGGUCGUUUUAUCCUGAGGGUGGUGAACAGGAAACUGCAAAAGGUGGAAAGUUUAUGAAAAGGUACACAGAUGAAGAGUCUAGAGUAUACCUGCUUGAUAGGGGUAAUACCAGGGAGAAGGAGGCCCAGAAGGAGAGAGGAUCAGAAAAAGGGAGGACAGAGGGAGAAAGGGAAUGGGAGGAACAGGAAACUUUAGAUUUUUUCGUUGAUAAAGAGACUGGGAAGGAAAAGUUUAAUGACUCUGAAGGGGAGGACACAGAGGAGACAGAGGAUUACAGACAGUUCAGAAAAUCUGUCCUGGCAGAUCAGGGUAAAAAUUUUCCUACUGCAUCUCACCGGAAUGCUGAGGAGGAAGGAACCAAAUACAAAUCUAAAAUAUCAAUCAAGGGCAAUAGAGAGAGCGAUGGAUUUAGAGAUGAGAAAAGUUAUAAGCUUAAAGAGACUGGCUAUGUAGUGGAAAGGCCUAGUGCAACAAAAGAUAAGCACAAGGAAGAAGACAAGAGUUCUGAGAGACUAAUGAUGAAGAAAGAAACUCAGUCACCUGAGCAGGUAAAGUCUGAAAAGCUCAAAGAACUCUUUGAUUACAGUCCUCCUCUACACAAGAAUCUGGAUGCGAGAGAAAAAUCCACCUUCAGAGAGGAGAGCCCACUUAGGAUCAAAAUGAUAGCCAGUGACUCCCACCGUCCUGAAGUUAAACUCAAAAUGGCACCAGUACCUCUUGAUGAUUCCAAUAGACCUGCUUCCUUGACUAAAGACAGGCUGCUUGCUAGCACACUUGUCCAUUCUGUCAAGAAGGAGCAAGAGUUCCGAUCCAUCUUUGACCACAUUAAGUUGCCACAGGCCAGCAAAAGCACAUCAGAGUCGUUUAUUCAGCACAUUGUGUCCUUGGUUCACCAUGUCAAAGAGCAAUACUUCAAGUCGGCUGGAAUGACCCUAAAUGAGAGGUUCACUGCGUAUCAAAAAGCGACAGAAGAGCACUGCACCCGCCAAAAGAGCCCAGAAAUACAUAGGAGGAUUGACAUCUCUCCAAGUACCCUGAGAAAGCAUACCCGUUUAACAGGUGAAGAGAGAGUCUUUAAGGAAGAAAGUCAAAAAGGAGAUAAAAAAUUAAGGUGUGAUUCUGCUGAUCUUCGGCAUGACAUUGACCGACGUAGAAAAGAGCGAAGUAAAGAGCGAGGAGACUCAAAGGGUUCCAGGGAAUCCAGUGGGUCAAGAAAGCAAGAGAAAACUCCAAAAGAUUACAAGGAUUACAAAUCUUACAAAGAUGACAGUAAACAAAAAAGAGACCAAGACCGUGCUCGGUCCUCCCGAUCUUCCUCCCCAUCUUCUUCCUCAUCCAGUUCUCGAGAAGAAAAGGAUUGCAAGAAAGAAAGAGAUGAAGAGUUCAAAACCCACCAUGAACAGAAAGAAUACUCUGGUUUUGCUGGAGUCAACAGGCCGAGAGGCACCUUUUUUCGAAUUAGGGGCAGAGGAAGAGCCAGAGGAGUCUUUGCUGGAACAAAUACUGGUCCCAGCAACUCAAAUACUACUUUUCAGAAGAGACCGAAGGAAGAGGAAUGGGAUCCUGAAUAUACCCCAAAAAGCAAGAAAUACUUCUUGCAUGAUGACAGAGACGAUGGUGUGGAUUAUUGGGCCAAAAGAGGAAGAGGCCGUGGUACUUUCCAGCGUGGCAGAGGGCGUUUUAACUUCAAAAAGUCAGGUAGCAGUCCGAAGUGGACACAUGACAAAUAUCAAGGGGAUGGCAUUGUGGAAGAUGAGGAGGAAACAAUUGAGAAUAAUGAAGAAAAGGACAGACGCAAAGAGGAAAAGGAAUAACCCAGAAGAAAGUUGUAGCUGAAAGAGCAGCUCUUGCACCACCCACACAACAUUUUUAAUAUGUUUUUUUGUUGUCAAAUGAAUGUAAGCAUUUUACUUAAAUUUUACUGUUGGAAAGUAGUUUAGAGAGAUUGUUUUCGUUUUAAGCCUUUAGAAAAAAAUCAUGAUAUAGUAAACUAUGUUAAUGAUCGUACAGGUAGAAAGUAAAAUAUUUGUAACAACUUUUAAGAAAUUUUACUGUUUGUUAUAUGCAGUGUAAUUCUGCUUUGUCCAAAUAUAUGGUCAAGUACAACUCUAAAAGUUUUGAUUCUCCCCUAUGUCUGUGUUUUAUUCUGAAGUAAACUUACAGCUCUGCACACCUAAAA